AAGAACCUAAACUCCGCACACAAUAUCAUAUUAUAUUCAAUUCAAAACCACUCCCUCUUCUUGUUUCUCACUCCUCUCUAUAAAGAAAACCAUCAAGCAGACCAAACAAACAAAACACACAAGAAAACAAAAGAGGAAGAAUGACUGUGCAGCUUCCGUGUGACAGUGAGGGCGCCUGCAUGCAGUGUAAGGCCGUGCCCGGAGAGGAAGAGAGGCUGCUAUGCGUCACCUGCAACACUCCUUGGCACCUUCCAUGCCUAUCCUCCCCUCCAGCCACCCUUGCAGCCACCGCUAACUGGUCCUGUCCCGACUGCUCCGAUAUCGAUCCUCACUCUUCACCUCUCCCUGCUCCCCUUCGCAAUGACCUCGUCACUGCAAUGCUUACCAUUGAAAAUGAUGAUUCUCUCACCCAAUCUCAAAAAGCCAAGAAACGCCAACAACUCAUGACUGGAAAAGCUCCUGCACAAGACGAGGAUGAUGAUGAUGAUGAAGAAGAAGAGAACCAGACUAAAUCUACAAAUGUUUGGGAUAUGCUCUCUCGAUCUAUCAAAUGCUCCAUCUGCCUCAAUUUACCGGAGAGGCCCGUCACGACUCCUUGUGGGCACAGUUUCUGUCUGAAAUGUUUCCAGAAAUGGCUUCGACAAGGAAACAAGAAAUGUGUACAAUGCCGCCAGCUUGUUCCGGCAAAGAUGACAAGCCAGCCCCGGAUCAAUUCUGCAUUGGUGUUUGCAAUUCGCAUGGCCAGGACCAAUUCUAACCCUAAUGGUCGUGGAGGAGAUAGGACUGUCAACCAUUUUUGGCACAAUCAAGACAGACCCGAUGAGCCCUUUACCACAGAACGUGCUCAGAGGAAUGGCCGUGCCAAUGCGGCCAGUGGAAAAAUAUUUGUGACCGUUCCUACUGAUCAUUUUGGCCCAAUCACUGCAGAACAGGACCCCAUGAGGAAUCAGGGUCUGCUGGUGGGUGAGAGUUGGAGAGACAGACUGGAAUGCAGACAAUGGGGUGCUCACUUCGUCCCUGUGGGUGGUAUUGCUGGUCAGUCAGAUCGAGGUGCACAAUCCGUUGUCCUUUCUGGUGGUUAUGUGGAUGACGAAGACCAUGGAGAGUGGUUUCUCUACACUGGAAGCGGCGGUAAGGAUCUUAGCGGCAACAAACGCACCAACAAGAGUCACUCUUUUGACCAGCAGUUUGAGAAGUACAACCUUGCACUUCAAGUUAGCUGUCUUAAGGGUUAUCCGGUUCGAGUUGUCAGAUCUCACAAAGAAAAGCGAUCUUCAUAUGCCCCCGAGACUGGCGUGCGCUACGAUGGAAUUUAUAGAAUUGAAAAGUGUUGGCAGAUAGCUGGAUUGCAGGGUUUCAAAGUUUGCCGGUAUCUAUUCGUUAGGUGUGACAAUGAACCAGCCCCCUGGACAAGUGAUGAUCGUGGAGAUAGGCCCAGACCCUUACCGGUCAUUCGUGAACUGAAAAAGGCCACCGUCACAUUUGAAAGGACUGAAUCUCCGUCUUGGGAUUUUGAUGAAGAAGAUUCUCUUUGGAAGUGGAAGAAACCACCACCUCCCAGCAAACGAAAGGUGCAAAGUGAGGAACACGUAGAGGGACUAAGGGCAAGGUCAACUAGGGAAACGACGAAGUUCCAACUUGAGAUGCUCAAGAAAAGAUUGCACAUGGGGUUCUCGUGCAUGAUAUGCACGGAGGUUAUGGUUUCACCGGUGACAACACCGUGUGCUCAUAACUUCUGCAAGUCCUGUUUGGAAGGUAAAUUUGCUGGUCAGGCUUUGGUGAAGGAGAGAAGCAGGGGCGGGAGAACGCUUCGGUCCCAAAAAAUUGUGAUACAAUGUCCUUCUUGCCCUAUUGACAUUUCUGACUAUCUUCAGCACAUUCAGGUUAAUGUAGAUUUGAAGGAUGCGAUUGAGUCACUGAAAGCCAAUGUUGCAGAAAUUGAAAAAUCGCUGGAGUCAAUUGGAGAUGAAGCAGAUGGAUUAGAUGACAAUACUGAUUCAGGGAACCAAAAUUCUGCUAAGGAGUUGAACGAUCUACCUGAAGGAUCUGAUGUUGAUGAGCUUGAGGACACCGGUAAUGAGGAGCAAGAUCCAGAAGUAAUGUGCAAUAGAAAGAGAAAGAAAGGUGAUGAUGAAACACAAUCGCCUGAUGAUAAAAUGGAUAAAAGAGAUAAAAUAAACAAAAUGACUGAGCAAGAAGUGGAUGAUAAAAAUGAUUCUUCAUCAUCAUGUCCUCUCAAUCUUCCAUGAAAUUAUGGUAGACUGAGGAGUUUUAAGAACUGGGUCUUCUGCUUGUUUAAUUAUGACAUAGUAGUAUCUUUAUUAUGCUUUAUUAUGCUGACGGUUCAGUACUAGUAUUGGAAGUGUGCUACUAGGAGAAGUUAUACUCUUUUCUUUUUAGUUCGCUUUCUUUGUUUGCAACUUUUUGUGUGUUCAUGGUUUUAUGGGAAGUUCAAGACCUUAAAAGAACCUUUUUAGGAUUAUGGUAUAUGGAGCUUUUAUGCAAGCUAUCUCUCUAUCUUCAACAUU